CUCUACAUUCACUUCUCCAACCACAAAAAACUAUAUUUCCUCUCUCUCUCGAAGUUCAGUAGCAAGAAACUGAGCGAAAGAAGCAAAUUAUUUAUCUAUUAAAGCAAGCAAUGGCAAAGGAUGUUGAAGUUGCAGAGGCUACUGGAGGAGAAUUCUCAGCGAAAGACUACCAUGACCCUCCGCCAGCACCAUUGAUUGAUGUUGACGAACUGGGUAAAUGGUCCUUUUACAGGGCUCUUAUUGCAGAGUUCAUUGCUACACUUCUUUUCCUUUAUAUCACAGUGUUGACUGUGAUUGGUUACAAGAGCCAGACUGAUCCUGACAAGAACGCUGAUGCUUGUGGUGGUGUUGGUAUUCUUGGUAUUGCUUGGGCUUUUGGUGGCAUGAUCUUUAUUCUUGUUUACUGCACUGCUGGUAUUUCUGGAGGACACAUCAAUCCAGCAGUUACCUUUGGACUAUUCUUGGGUCGCAAGGUGUCCCUAAUCAGAGCCCUUGGAUACAUGGUAGCACAGUGUUUGGGUGCAAUCUGUGGGUGUGGAUUGGUGAAGGCAUUCCAAAAAGCUUACUACAACAGGUAUGGUGGUGGAGCAAACGAGCUAGCCGAUGGAUACAACAAAGGAACUGGAUUGGGUGCAGAAAUUAUUGGUACUUUUGUUCUUGUCUACACUGUCUUUUCUGCUACUGAUCCUAAGAGGAGUGCUAGAGACUCUCAUGUUCCUGUUUUGGCACCUCUCCCCAUUGGAUUUGCUGUUUUCAUGGUUCAUCUUGCUACUAUUCCAAUUACUGGCACUGGCAUCAACCCUGCUAGGAGUUUUGGAGCUGCUGUUAUCUAUAACAAAGAAAAGGCCUGGGAUGAUCAGUGGAUCUUCUGGGUUGGACCAUUUAUUGGAGCUGCCAUUGCUGCUUUCUACCACCAAUACAUUCUUAGAGCAGCAGCCAUUAAAGCUCUAGGAUCAUUCAGGAGCAAUGCUUAAGCUAAUUUCUUGGAUUAAAGAUGGUGAUGAUGAUGAUGCUUGAGAAGAAUAACAAUGGAUGGUGAAUGCAAGUUGUUUUUCUUUAAGGGUUCCUUUUAUCAAAUUUCUCUUUUCUUUGCCUAUGAAUGGUUUGAUAGAGAAAUUUAGAAAAGGCCCAUGGAACUGUAAAUAAUAAAGCAUUUUAUGGUUAAGGGUGUCUUUUCCUAUCCCUGUUGCUCUUGUUAUGAUUUGUAUUUUAAUUUUUAAGUUUGUGUUAUUUAUGUCUAUCCUUUCAUCCUUA